GUUCACCAUCUGCCACAAGACAGAAGUGAUCAAGAACACGCUGAACCCCGUCUGGCAGCCCUUCACCAUCCCUGUUCGAGCCCUCUGCAACGGCGACUAUGACAGGACUGUGAAGGUAGACGUGUACGACUGGGAUCGAGAUGGAAGACACGACUUCAUUGGAGAGUUCACCACCAGCUACAGAGAGCUGUCUCGGGGGCAAAACCAAUUCAACGUCUACGAGGUAUUAAAUCCCAAGAAAAAAGGCAAAAAGAAGAAAUACAUCAACUCUGGAACAGUAACACUGCUGUCCUUCAAAGUGGAGUCCGAGUACACCUUUGUAGAUUUCAUUCGAGGGGGGACACAGCUGAACUUUACAGUGGCCAUCGACUUCACAGCGUCCAAUGGUAACCCAUCCCAGCCGACUUCCCUCCACUACAUGAGUCCCUACCAGAUGAAUGCAUAUGCCAUGGCCCUGAAAGCAGUGGGAGAGAUAAUCCAGGACUACGACAGUGACAAGCUCUUUCCUGCCUACGGCUUUGGAGCUAAGCUCCCCCCUGAUGGCAAAAUCUCCCAUGCAUUCCCACUGAACGGUGAUGGCGAUCAUCCCAACUGCGUGGGCAUUGAGGGAGUCCUGGAGGCGUAUUUCCAGAGCCUGAGGACGGUGCAGCUGUACGGACCCACAAACUUUGCCCCCGUUAUCAACAAAGUGGCAAACUGUGCAGCAGAGAUUACAGAUGGCUCCCAGUACUUUGUCCUGUUGAUGAUCACAGACGGAGUGAUUUCUGACAUGGUCCAGACCAAAGAGGCUGUGGUCAAUGCUGCUUCCCUUCCUCUGUCCAUCAUAAUUGUUGGUGUUGGACCUGCUGAGUUUGAUGCGAUGGAGGAGCUGGAUGGCGACGAGGUGAGAGUGUCCUCCAGAGGACGUCUUGCUGAGAGAGACAUCGUUCAGUUUGUUCCUUUCAGGGACUACGUUGACAGAUCUGGCAACCAGGUCCUCAGCAUGGCCCGGCUUGCUAAGGACGUCCUCGCUGAGAUCCCAGACCAGCUGCUGUCUUUUAUGAAGAGCAGAGGAAUUGAACCGCGACCGGCCCUCUCCUCAUCACCGCUUCCCGAGCUGCACCGACACAUCUGACCCCAGCUCAUACAGCCUGUCUCGGGUUCCUAUUUCUCCGUGUCCGUCUCUUUUCCUCUCCCCGCUUAUCUCCACUUGCCCCUCUUCCCAGUUAUUCACGACUUUAGGCGUAUGAAAGAACUGACCUGCCUAUUCGCCCCCUCUUCCUCUCUUAUCACCGCUGAGGCUAAACAGACAUGUCCUAUCUCCUGGCAGGCGCUGCUGCCUGACUCACCUGCUGCUGCAGCUCAUCUUUACCUCCAUUACAUUACUAAAGUACCGCCUUCCCGCUGACAUUUGAACAUUUAGGGGUGACUCUUCUAAUUAUUCCACUAAUUCCUCUUAAGAGGUUUUCAACAGAUUAUGUUUGGCAGCCUUUUUUUUAAACCCUUUAACACCAGAGCUCCAGUGUUUAUGUUCUUUGAUUUACUGUAAUUUUUUAACUGUUCACACGAUCAUUCCAGUAGAUUGUGACACAAUCACAAUCUACUGGAAUUAUUGUGUAAAUAGUUGAAAAGCUACAGUAUGUUCAAUAUUUCGUGUUUAAGCAUCACUGGCGACACCUCAGGUGUUAAAGGGUUAAAUAAAGAAAAUAGUGCUUCUAAACGCUGCAGGAUUGCAUCUUCCUUUGCUGAAGGAAAAUAGAUCUUAAGGCUAAAAGCAAAGAGAAACAUUUCAGAAAAUACAACAUUAAAAACAUGAAUUUAAAUGUUAAUUCUGCUAAAAAAAACAUACAGGAAAGGUAAAAAAAAAUAUAUAACAAAUUGUAAGCAAAAAAAUGAAAAGA